AUGGUCGACAUUGAGGUCUUCAGCAACUUCUUGCAUAGCUGUAAAAGGAUCAGCUUCAAUGAUUGCUCUCAGCUGGUGGUGCUGGAAGUAAACAGUGAAUUUAUUGUUGAGGUGAAAGAACUAGACAUUGAAAAUGGCACCACAACAUGGCAAACCGUCAGAAGACAGAAGCGGGAAUGGAUCAAGUUCGCUGCAGCCUGUCGAGAAGGAGAGGACAACUCCAAGAGGAAUCCGAUUGCCAGAAUUCGAUCAGACUGUGAGUCGAACCAGAAGAUUACAUACCGAAUCUCUGGGAUAGGGAUCGAUCGACCACCAUAUGGAGUGUUCACCAUUAAUCCUCGCACUGGGGAAAUUAACAUCACUUCAGUGGUAGACAGAGAGGUAACUCCACUUUUCCUGAUCUAUUGUCGGGCUCUGAAUUCAAGGGGUGAAGAUUUAGAAAGGCCUCUUGAACUGAGAGUCAAAGUCAUGGACAUAAAUGAUAAUGCUCCAGUCUUUACACAAAGUGUGUACACAGCCAGCAUUGAAGAAAACAGCGAAGCAAAUUCCCUGGUAGUAAAGUUAAGUGCCUCAGAUGCAGACGAAGAAAAUCAUCUGAAUUCUAAAAUCGCCUACAAGAUCAUCUCUCAGGAGCCUGCAGGUGUACCAAUGUUCAUUCUCAACAGAUACACGGAGAAAUUCGCACAGAUGUCCAGUUACCUUGACAGAGGAGGAAAGCCUUCUCAACACGGUAUGUACAACUUAAUCGUGAGGGGCUCAGAUCGGGAUGGAGCUGCAGAUGGACUGUCUUCCGAGUGUGACUGCAGAAUCAAGGUUUUAGACGUCAACGAUAAUUUCCCCACCUUAGAGAAAACUUCAUAUUCAGCAAGUAUUGAAGAGAAUUGUUUAAAUUCAGAACUGAUACGAUUACAAGCAAUUGAUCUUGAUGAAGAAGGCACCGAUAAUUGGUUGGCAAAAUAUUUAAUUCUCUCUGGCAAUGAGGGGAAUUGGUUCGAUAUUCAAACAGACCCAAAAACUAAUGAAGGCAUUUUGAAAGUUGUCAAGAUGCUGGAUUAUGAACAAGUGCCUAAUGUUCAUCUUAGCAUCGGAGUUAAAAACGAAGCUGAUUUUCACCACUCAGUUGCUUCUCAAUUCCAAAUGCGCUCAACUCCUGUAAGAAUUCAGGUUGUGAAUGUGAAAGAAGGACCUACAUUUCAUCCAAGUUCAUUGACUUUUAGUGUGCCAGAAGGAAUAAAAGGAGAUUCCUUACUGAAUUAUGUGCUUGGCACAUACACAGCCAUCGACUUGGACACAGGCAAUCCUGCAAAAAACGUCAGGUAUAUCAUAGGGCAUGAUGCAGGCAGCUGGUUAAAAGUCGAUUCAAGAACUGCCAAGAUACAAUUUUCUAGGGAAUUUGAUCAGAAAUCAAAAUAUAUUAGCAAUGGGAUAUACACAGCAGAGAUCCUGGCUAUAGAUGAUGGCUCUGGAAAAACGGCGACAGGAACCAUAUGUAUUGAGGUUCCUGAUCCCAACGAUUACUGUCCAGACAUUGUUCCUGACAGAAGAACCAUCUGCACUGACUUUCCGUCAGUCCUCAUCUCUGUUAACGAACACGCUUACGGGUCUCCCUUUACCUUCUGUGUCGUUGAUCAGCCUCCAGGAACAGCUGACAUGUGGGACAUCAGAUCAGUAAAUGCUACCUCUGCAAUCCUUAUGACGGAGCAGGCUUUAUCUCAGCAACUUUACCAAAUCCCCAUCGUAGUGAAGGACAGCUAUAACAGAGUGUGUGACUCGUCACAGAUCGUGCAGUUAUAUGCCUGUGAUUGUGACACCGACCACGUGUGCUUGGACUCUAGUCUCACCGGAAUCCAUACAGGGGACAUAACUGUCACCGAAGACCAAACCGAGGUUUCAAAUGUUGGUCUUGGACCAGCAGCAAUCGGCAUGAUGUCUAUGGGCGGCCUAAUGCUGCUUAUGUCACCGCUCUUGCUGCUCAUGUGUUGCUGCAAGCGGAAACAGCCACAAGGCCUGGGGACGAGUUUUGCUCCUGUGCCCGAGGGGGGAGAAGGAGUGAUGCAGACCUGGAGAAUAGAAGGGGCCCAUCCCGAGGACAGGGAUGUGUCGAAUAUCUGUGCACCCGUGACAGCCUCAAACACCCAGGAUCGUAUGGAUACCUCUGAAAUCUACAACAACACCUACGCGGGCGGAGGCACGGUGGAAGGGGGUGUGUCAGGAGUGGAACUCAACACAGCUCUCGGGACAGCCACCGGCCUCGUGGCCGGAGGCGCCACAGGAGCCGUGAGGAAGAGGAGCUCCACCAUGGGAACCCUGCGGGAGUAUGCGGACACCGGGGUCAACAUGGCUUUCCUAGACAGCUACUUCUCGGAGAAAGCAUAUGCUUAUGCAGAUGAAGAUGAAGGCCGACCAGCCAACGACUGCUUGCUCAUUUACGACCACGAGGGAGCAGGGUCUCCUGUGGGCUCUAUUGGUUGUUGCAGUUGGAUUGUGGAUGACUUAGAUGAAAGCUGCAUGGAAACUUUAGAUCCGAAGUUUAGGACUCUGGCUGAAAUCUGCUUAGACACAGAAAUCGAACCAUUUCCUUCCCACCAGGCCUGUAUCCCUAUCAGCACCGACCUCCCUUUGCUGGGACCUAAUUACUUUGUCAGUGAAUCUUCAGGCAUGACUCCCUCAGAAGCUGAAUUCCAAGCAGAAAUGGCAACACCUGAACCCAUGAUUCAUGGGGAUAUUAUAGUGACUGAGACUUACACUACUGCUGAUCCAUGUGUGCAACCCACUACAAUUGUUUUUGAUCCUCAGCUUCCACCCAAUAUUAUAGUAACCGAAACAGUGAUGGCACCUGUCUAUGACAUUCAAGGGAAUAUUUGUGUACCUGCUGAGUUAGCCAACACACACAAUGUAAUCUAUGCUGAGAGAAUACUGGCUAGUCCUGGUGUGCCUGACAUGAGCAAUAGUAGCAUGACUGAGGGUUGUAUAGGGCCUGUGAUGAGUGGCGGUAUUUUGGUAGGGCCAGAAAUUCAAGUGUCACGAGUGGCGAGUCCAGAUGUCCCCACAGGCCAAACCAUGGGCUCUGUAUCCCCAAUGACAUCUCGACACAGGAUAACACGAUACAGUAACAUACAUUACUCCCAACAGUAAGUGCUUUAUACAUAUUCUAUAUGGAGAUCUUGCAUCUUGUAAUCACCAAUAUAUGCACCAAAGAUACGUAAUGUACUAUAUCAUUUUAACAGUCGACAAAUAUUCUAAGUUCGAUGCCACUCUUUGAUUACAUCUUUUUGAGGAUACAUAUGGCUAAGGACUUUAGAUAAGCCUUUUUAAUUCUUCCUAACUUUAAAUAAUGUGCCCAAAAACUUGAAGAAAACAUAUUGCAUCCUUUGAUACUGUCUUCUAAGACAUAACUCAUUGCAAAUCCCACAGGUCUUGAGGCCUGUAGAACCAAUCUUUUACACCAAAAUGCCCUUGUUCUUGGAAGUUACAAAAGAAGUCUCCUCUGUAUCUGCUAGCCACAUUUCUCUUUAGAGGAAUAUUUGUAUUAAAUUUUUUUACUUGAGAAAGUGAA